CGAUAAUCAAGCUCGGUGAAGCUCUCUCUUGCCACAACCGACACUUCUUCCAUGUUACCAACAAUCACGGCAUUCCAUGGAUCGUGUAGUCGCAGCACAGAUUGCGGUCCUGCGUGCUGCGCUCGAUCCUCUGUCCCGCCUGCAGGCCUUCACGGUACUGUGCGAAACAUUCAAGAGCGUGCCUGGAUGGCAGGCGAACUCGCCCCAACGCUGGGAGCGACUGGACGAGCAGCUGGACAAUAAAACUUUGGCGGCCGUGGCAGCCGACGCGGAGCUGAUUGCGAGAGGGGAGGGUCAGCGCAGUACCGCCGCGGGCACCGAUGCGGUCGGGCGUUUGCGCAACUGCAUCUCCACGUGGUCGCUCCAAGCGCACGACAUCAUUCGCGACUUGGGACUCGAGGCCAUCCACAGCGGCAACUUCAUGCGCGCCUGCGCCGCGCAGACGCUGCUCGACACCGACGGCGAGCGCGUGCCCUGGCUGACAUUCGCGCGUGCGGUGCUGCACGAGGCACAACAACGCCACCUCCAUCGUCCCGGCCGCGGAAAGAGUCGCACCCGACCAUUCUUGCCCAGCGACGUCAAAAACGCCAUCGCGAACUUGCAGCAGGCGCGUCUGGUCACCACCGUCGUUUCUGCGGUCCGCAGCACCGAUUCCCCUCGCAGCGGCAGGAUGAAACGCAAGGCCUCGCCCAACGGCACCGACCCCUCCGCUUCGCAGCCCGCAAAGAAGCCUCGACCGGCGGCGACAGAUGGCGGCCACGAGCUGGAGGAGCAUCGCGAAUCCACUCUCCCCCUUCACGACACCUACGACUCCGACUCGGGCGACGACCAGCGCGAGCCCGAACAUGGCGCCGCGUCGCCCCUUUCGCCACCGCCGAUCUUUGUCCCUCCUAAGCCUUCACCUCCGUCCAUGACUGUGCGCUCGCCAGAUCAGUUCGGAUUCACCUUCCGCCGCCUCAGAGACCGCCGCGGCUUCCGCCCCACCGGCGCCGGGCUGAUUUCAGCGAAGGGUCACGCGACACCUGAUGCGCUGAAAGCUCGCUCCAAGGACGUGGACGACUUGCCUUUACUCAACGCUCCUGAGAAUCGGAUCACGGCGGACGAUGGUGCUACUGAGCUGCAUGCCAACGAUGACGGCGAGGCGGACGAUGGUGCAACUGAGCUGCACGUCAACGAUCACGGCGAGGAAGGAGACGUGCCAGCCACUCGACCCCCUAUUGACCGUUCGCCCGCUUCAGCCACGAAUGUUCUCCAACACGAUGAAGUCGCGGCCGAGACACAGUCUGGAGAAGAAGAUUGGGAGGACGUGGACGGAGACGAAGGUUGCACAGACAACCAAGACGAGAACGAGGAGGACGCGGAAAGCGAGUCUGCGGAGAGCGCCGACGGAGACCAUACAGAAAUAUCUGUCGAACAUGGUCGCUGCGCUGCGCCGACAGAGGAUGAUGACAGCUCGCUCUUGAAAAACAUUCAUGGGUCGUUCCUGGAAAGCGCUGCUGAUGCGGUGUCCCACUUGGAGCUCGAUUCUCACAGCACAACAGAAAUUGGGCAAGAGGUCAUGUCUCCGACUGCCUCCGAAGCUGCCAUGACCGAGCAGGAGAGCUUCGUCGUUCCAGGUCAAGACCAGCCCUGUACACCACUGUCUCCCACACCUUGGAGUUUUGGUACAGUGACAACACCACAGUCGGCAGUCGCCAUGGACAAGAUGUCUGCUGUACCGGACAUGGACAUGCGAGCAUUGAUUGCACAGAUUCUCGAAACCAACGUCUCCACCAACGAAGAGCCGCCCAGCUCUACUGCCAAUAGUAUGAUGGCUUUCUUGCAGCCUGGCAGGUGGUUGUCCAUCACGACCGUGUCCAACUUUAUUUCCGCUCUGAACCCCGAUUCAAGCAGCCGGCUCGUGCUAGAGAAUGGGUUCCUGAGAUUCGACGCAGACGGAGCAGCGCACAACGCAAAGCAAGGCCGCCAAUGCGCGCAACGUCGCCAGCAAUCCGUCAUCUACGGUCUUCUGAACCACAACUCCCACUACAUGAUCGCGAUUCUGGACCGCAAUUCGAAAACCAUCGAGCUGUACGACUCCCUCCACCCUCGACCCAUCUCCACAGUUCGUCGAGCUGUGCUCGAGUUCGCAAGCGGUUUCCAUACGACAGGCUCGGGCUCCAAGGAGUGGCAGAUUGUCGCAGCUCCGGGCUUGCGCCAGGGCAACGGGUACGACUGUGGGGUGUAUGCCGCUGCCCGAGUCAUCUUUCAUAUGCACGAGAGGCUUUGUCCUGAGUACAUCAUUCCCGAGGUGUGGCGACGAGCAAUGUCAUUGAUGUCCACGGUGCAUGAGCCCAGCUCUGCCGUCGGAGACGAAAUCUUUGCGCCAUCAUGGACUGCAGAGCGCCUUGCCCAUCAUUUCGGACUGGACCUCGAGCGAGGGCAGGAUGGCCGCCUGACAUGGCCGUGCACACCGCGCUCGACGCAACAAGACUUGGAGACCACUUCCAAGUUGUAUACAAUUCGCCGCUGUUUCGAUGCGCUGGUCAGAGAGACGAGUUUGAUCGUCGAGCAAGUGCAAGGCUCCGUCUCACUAGACAGCACACGCGCGCACCUCGACUGGCUCAAAGAAAUGAAAGCAGGUCUUCUCUGUCGGGAACUGGCCCCAACGUUCCUCCGCCGGCAGCUCAGCAGCUUCGACGCCCAGAUUGCAGAGCAAACGGCCCUGGCAGACAAGUUGGCGGCCCAGGACAGGACUCAUCAAAACAUGAUGAUUGAAGUGCUUCAAGCCGAUGCUCGUACAUAUCGACAACUCUCCCAGGACGCUGAGAAUAGUGCAGACUCACUGCUUCGCAAGGCAGAAGAAGAAUACGUGGCAAUAGGUGCUCGGAUCAAAGCUCUGAGAGAGGCUCGGAAGUAAGUAGUCUUGAGCACAUUCGGCAGGCUGUUUCAGCUGAGGAGGGCUUUUUCUCGUGACACCUUCACGGUUUCGAUGAUGCAGACGAUGAAGUGGUUGAUAAUGAUACGCUUGAUGACUGAUGUGAGGGUUCGCCAUAGCUGAUUUCCGCACGGAUGGCGUUCGCCGUAUGCGGACACUCACCAC